AUGCCUAUUGCUGUAGUGAUUGUAAUUCCUUUACUACUACUACACCUACCAUCCUCCAUAUUUGGAGAUCAGAUCAACGUCGAAAUGAAGAAGGACGGAAAUUCGUCAAAACAAACGCAUGUCCAUCCAGCAAUCCAAGAAGAACUCCUACGAGGUUGUGAAGAAGUGAUUGGACUAGACCUAGCGGUUUGUAUUGUGAAUCGUUUCGCUGAGGAUUUACAGAUGAAACAAAAUCAGCACCUGGAUCUAUUGAAAAAAACCGAAGGUUCAAAAUCAAAGAAACAACGAAAAGCAAAAAGAAAACAAGCACAUAUCGAUCCUUUCAUAUCUUCACUUCAACCUUCAGAAGAAAACGAUGAUUUUAGGACAAUUUCAGGAAAACCCCGUGUACAUCCAUGA